AUGACUUCUCUCGCAUCAGCCACAGUCACGCCAACUAAUUGGGAGGGCAGGUAUGACAAUGUUGAUGUCGGCACAAUGAUCAAAUGUGGCGUCUGCAACGUCAACACAUUUCGUCAACGAUUCUCGAAGAAACAAAUGCAGAAAUAUCAAGAGGCCGUGUACCGAGAGCAGCGUGGUGGUCCGCCAGCCCUUCGUCCAUCAUGCACCAAGUGCACCCCUGGAAACGUCCUUGAAAUCAAAUGCACCGGCUGCGGAGUCAUCAAAUCGACUGAUCUUUUCGCCAAAGCUCAGCGAAGAAAUCCGGACCACGCGAAAUGCAUCAGCUGUCAACAAGAGAUCUUGGACCGUGUCCCUAACCUUGCGGAUGCUGUUGAGGAGGAAGUUAUCAGGGAAGAAUACAUGAAUCGUCGUGCGGAAUCUUUUGCUGGAAUGUCAAGCAUUGGUUCUGCCCUUCCAAGCGUUAGCGGCUCAAGGUCUCACACAUCCUCUGCUACUGCCAGCGGCCACGUUCACAUUGUCGAUGGUAACGGGGCUUGGGGUGGGAGCCCGGCAAUCGCUCGGUCCUCUUCUCCCAGCAGCAACGGCGACCUUGGGGCAUCGGCAGCCACACGUACUGUUUCUCGCGCAGGCUCCACCUACUCGAGCAGCAACACUCGGGGCGGCGGUUUUGCUCGACAAGGUGCAUACAGAGCGCCCAUGGAAGCCAGGGUAUUGAAUCAGAUUCAUCGAGAAGAGAUGCUGCAGCAAGAGUCCCAAGCCAGCAGCAAGAGAGAGGAUUCCGACGAAGAUAGUGACUUCGAGCUCUGA